AUGGUGGUACACAAUCCUAACAACUGGCACUGGGUCGAUAAGAACUGCAUUGACUGGGCCAAGAAGCAUUUUGCAGAGAAACUGGCCGGAUUGUCAAGCGGAAAUAAAACUGAUGGCGAAUAUGCAGAGAUUGCAGCUGUAAACAGCGUGGAAGGCGACUGCGAAGUCAAUCAGCGUAAGGGCAAGGUGAUCUCGCUGUUUGACCUGCGGGUUGUGCUCUCCGUGCGCGGGCAUGUUGCGGACGGCACGGACUGGGAGGGCUCGAUCACCAUACCGGAGGUUGCUUUCGACUCUGCUGAGGACGACUACCAGUUCGAGAUCUCCAUAUACCAGGAGACCAGCAAGCUGGCACCAGCACGGCCGCUGGUGCGCGAGAAGCUGGUGCCACAGCUUCGCGCUGCGUUUGCGGUGUUUGGUAAGGAGCUGCUGCAAGCACACGGCAAGGACAUACAGGUGCCGCAGGACCAGGUGCGCUCAUCCUUCACGAAGGCCAACCAGGAGUCCUCCUUUGUUGGCACGGACGCUACGGCCGCCGCUCCUGGGGCGCGCAUGGCCUCAGCGCCCGCAGCCUCGGCGCCUCGUGCGACCGCCGCUCCCGCCUACGCGAAGGCGGCUGUCAGCAACACUACCUCCAUACACAUUGAGCCUACGUUCAACGUCGCAGCUGCCGACCUAUUCCACACACUAUUGGACAAGCAGCGCAUCACUGCGUGGUCACGUUCGCACAUCCAGGCCGACCGCAAUGGUCCCGAGCUGGCUGUCGGAGAGACCGCACGCAUGUUCGGGGGCAACGUCACUUCGACGCUGCUUGAGGCUCACGAGCCAGAGCGCCUUGUAUUUAACUGGCGUCUUGCAGACUGGAGUCCAGCACAGGUGAGCAAGCUCGCGAUUACGUUCCACGAAAGCCCAGAGUUCCACGAAACCAAGAUGGUUGUUUCUUGGAGCGGCAUCCCGAUUGGCGAAGAGGAAAAGGUCAAGGCCAACUUUGAGGAGAUGUAUGUUCGCGCCAUCAAACUUACGUUUGGUUUUGGCUCCGUCUUAUAA